AUGAAGGCUAAAGGAGAGUUGAAGGAGUAUGAGGUCAUCGGCCGCAAGCUCCCCUCGGAGAGCGAGCCCAAGCCUCCUCUAUACAAGAUGAGAAUCUUCUCCCCAGACCAGAUUGUGGCCAAGUCCCGUUUCUGGUACUUCUUGCGUCAAUUGAAGAAGUUCAAGAAGACCACUGGUGAAAUCGUCUCUAUCAGGGAAAUCCCAGAGAAGAGCCCAGUGAAGAUCAAGAACUUUGGCAUCUGGCUGCGUUAUGAGUCUCGGUCUGGCGUACACAACAUGUACCGCGAGUACCGUGACCUCAGUGUCGGAGGUGCUGUCACUCAGUGCUACCGUGACAUGGGAGCCAGGCACAGAGCCCGUGCUCACUCCAUUCAGAUCAUCAAAGUGGAGGUCAUCAAGGCGUCUGCGUGCCGCCGGCCGCAGGUGAAGCAGUUCCACAACAGCACAAUCAGAUUCCCUCUGCCCAAGCGCGUGCACCACCACAAGCGCCUCAACACCUUCGCAUACAAGAGGCCCAGCACCUACUUCCUCUAA